CAGCCACGAGACAAUGCAGGUUAUUUUCUUCACGGUCUUCUCCGUGGCACUAGCUUCGGGCUAUAAUAUUACCAUCCAGGAAAGUCAAGUGUCUUCAGGACUGGACAUUACCUGCACCGUCUCUGAUGAGACAGGAAAGAAUAUAUCUCACGUGAUCAGUAUGGUUAUUUCAAGGGGAGAUAAUACGCUUGGCUCUAUCUCCUCAUUUGACAAAUUAAAUCCGAUUUCACAUGUUCAGGGCGGCACUGUGUCUGGUAUCAUCCGUGACGAUGCAGCCUCAGAGAGUUCUUUGGGCAUCCACUGGGAAAACAGCGAUCCAAGCCUAACAGGAAUGUACACAUGCGAGGCCAACGCUGUUGGGAAGGAUUACCUCCCCGUGGUGCUGACGUCCAGAAAGCUGAUCACGAUCAAGGAAGUGGAGCCACGUGUCAUUGCACACCCGGGGGUUAUCCAGCUUGGGUUGACGAGAGAAUUCCAACUGACAUGUACACUGGCCGACCCGGCCUCAGUGAAUGUAAGUAACUCGAUAUCAGUAACCUUAUUCCGGAUCCAUGGCCAAACGGAGCAGGUUCUGUCUUCAGUGAGUGUCUUUGAACAAGCUGCUCUCAAGCCGGGUGUCACUGGCGCUAUAGUCGAAGGUCAGAUAGGAACAGGUCAGAGAUAUUCCUCUACCUACCUGAAGAUGUCUUGGGUCUAUCCGGACUCACACGUAGCUGGAAAAUACAUUUGUGAAAUAACAGGAACUGACUCUAGAGGAAAGCCCGUGUUGAUAAAGAAUUCCGCCACCGUGACGACACUGGAAUCUCCUCGAGAACAACUGGUGGAAAAGAUUAAUGACCUGUACUCUAAGCUGCAGCAAAAAACUGAACAGCUAGAUCAACUCGAGAACAAUCCUGUUCUUUUCCCCAAAAUUAGCAGAUGUGACGACCUUCGUCUUACGAAUGGGACGCAGAUUGUGAGUUUGUUCCCUCCAGAUAACCAAAGCCAUGUUAAUGUCGUCUGUCAGUUCGACAGCCCUAAUUCCACGCCUUGGACUGUUUUCCAGAAGCGCUAUGACGGGAGCGUUGACUUCUUCAGAAAUUUCUCUGACUACGAAAACGGGUUUGGGAAUACGACGGGAGAGUUCUGGAUGGGUCUCAAGACGUUGAGGCGACUAGUACAGAGCGGAGACUACGAGCUUCAAAUAGAUUUGGUCAGCAAAAAUGGAGUUUCUUACACCAGGAACUACCCACAUUUCAGCAUCGGUCCCGGUCCGGGAUACCAACUCACAGUCAGCGGCUAUGAUGACAAUGGGAAAGGCCUGUCAUACCAUUCAGGAAGCGAUUUUUCCACUUUCGACAAAAACCCAAAGUGUCCCAAUCAAGCUCACGGGGGUUUCUGGUACAAGGACUGUUUCUACGUGAAUCUGAACGGUCUAUGGGGAGUGGACGGAUUCAAGAGUAUCGCAUGGGUUGAGAUACACGACAGACAUGAUUUUUGGUUUAAGAAAACCACCAUGAAAUUCAGACCUAUUCCAAAGUCGACGUAGAAUUUGAGUUUGCUAUCAACAACUUGAUUUCCUACAUUAGGUUUACUUAGAAGAAGCCAUUUACAACACGCAGGACCGCACAAAGUCUUCAUUGCCGUUACUUAUCUUUUUAAAAAUGGAUAAGAACGUGUAGUGUCUUGGUCAUACGAUCAUGGUCAGACAACCAGAUAACAACUGAAAUAAAGUUAGUCUCAAGAUUUUACUUCCGUUCCUUCGUUAUUGUUCUAGUC